AUUGAUUAAUGUGUUGAAUCUGAAAUAGACAUCGUGCUGCUGAUCUAGUCUCACAUCGACUUUUGAAGUGUUCGGUUUGUCUUAAGUUAAAUCAAUUUAUGGAAUAAUUUUGUAGUCGAUUUCAAAAAACAAAGAAUGCUGAAACAAGGGUUUUUGUUAAUCUUCGCCAUUAUUGCUCAUCUUAAACCGGAUGUUCAAUGCAUUGGCAUGAACGAGGUUUUCCAAUGGAAACAAAUGGACUAUGAAAAUCGAGGCAAUUCCGAUAUUGAAGGUGAUUUUAUCUUCCCAACCGAAGAUUUUAAAUCAAAAGUUCGAGGAACUCGUGCCCCAACAACAACUUCUAUUCAAGAAGAUUCCUACAUUCCAUAUAAUAAUGUUCCGAUGGGUGUUAAUCAUUUCAAUGGAAAACUGUUCAUAACUAUGCCGAGGCGACGUCUUGGAAUACCAUCAACCCUAAAUUACAUUGACUUGAAAACUGUUGGUUCAAACCGAAGUCCAAAACUAAGAGCAUAUCCCGACAUGGCUACAAAUGAGUUUACGGGUACUGAAAACACAAAUCGAAUCAUUUCGGUUUACAGAACUAGAAUUGAUGCUUGCAAUCGGCUUUGGUUUAUUGACACUGGAAUGCUAGAGCUACCAAACAAUCGAAUCCAAGUACAAAGACCUUCCAUAUGGAUUAUUGACAUGAAGAAGAACAGAAAGAUCCAUCGUUUUGAGAUUCCAGAAUCAAUUGUUGCAACAGGACCAGGUUUAGCGAGCAUAACCGUUGACGUGGAUAGUUCAUAUUGUAACAAAGCUUUCGGAUACAUUCCAGAUUUAAAUAAUAAUGCUCUUUAUGUCUACAGUUUGGAAGAUGAUCGCAUUUGGUCAUUCAGUCAUAACUUCUUUCAUUUUGAUCCAACUCAAGGAGAUCUGAGUAUUGGCGGACAAGAUUUUUCCUGGAACGAUGGCAUAUUUUCCGUUACUCUGUCCAAUAAAAAUCUAGACGGCUAUAAAACUGCAUAUUUCCAUCCAAUGGCAAGUACGAACGAAUUUGCAGUUUCAACAAAAGUUUUGCAGGAGGAAAGUAAUGCAGCCCGUUCCAGCCAUGGAAGAGAUUUUGAACUCCUUGGAACAAGAGGUCCGCGGAAGCAAUCUACGAUGCAUGAAUUUGAUCCAAAAACUGGCAUUAUAUUUUAUGCAGAAAUUAUGCAAAAUGGUGUAGGCUGUUGGAAUACGAUGACAACUGAAUUUUCUGCCAAAAACCAUGGACAAGUGGUAUCAGAUGAAGAUCGAAUGAUUUAUCCUAGCGAUUUGACAAUUGAUAAAGAAGGAACUAUUUGGUUGAUGACAAAUUCGAUGCCCAUAUUUAUUUAUUCGCAAUUAGAUCCAAAUGUUGUUAAUUUUAGAGUUUGGAAUCAAAAAACUCAACUUGCUGCUGAAAAUACUAUUUGUGAGGCUUAAGUUAAUUUUUGUAUUAAUCUGUACUUUGCUCUAGAAGUGUUUCAAUGUCAACCAAUAUGACUUUAUGUAAUUUGUACCGUAUAUUUAUAUUUGUAUUUUGUGGGCAUUCCUGCCUACCAUAAAAUAAAUUUAUAGAAAAUCUUUUAAUAA